AUGUGUUUGGCCAAAUUCAAAGAUGCUCGCCUGGCUGUUGCAAUUAGUAAGUUGGUGUGGCAGACGGGUUGGGAACAAGGUCUUUUACUAGCACUGGGUCGACUGAAGGAUCAUGACGCGACUGAUGUACGCGUGCCCGACGACCCGAGAGUGUUUCGAGAUCGUCUUCUGGUCAUUUCAUCCGGCAUUAGUGCCCUUUCUCACGCGUCGGCCUGGACCAAAGCAUUAGGCCUGCUCUGUGCAUCCGCAACGUAUUUGGUUCAGCCAGAUGUCGUCCUUUACAAUGCGACAGCUGCAGUAUGUGGUCGUGCGUCUCAUUGGCAGUGGUCGCUUCACCUUUUCGAUCGCAUGCUUGGAGGCAGGGUCCACACCGACUCAACGAGCCUUAACGUGCUGAUCAGUGCGUGCGGCCGUGCGUCUCGGUGGGAGUUGGCGCUGGCCUUUACAGUUGGCGAUUGCAAGCUACAAGGGCAACGGCAGCUAGAUGCGCUUGGCGAAGCCAAAGGGGUUGGAGCAGCCAUUGAUGCGUUAGGUCGAGCUGGGCAGUGGCGCAUUGCUCUGUCCCUAUUGGACGAAGUGCGAACCCGAAGCGUAGCGAGCAUUGGAUGCUUCAAUGCUGCCAUUGCAGCGGCCGCUCGGAGUGGGCAGUGGCUUCAGGCUUUCCAGUGCCUGGAAUCCGUCCGUCGCUGUCGCCUGACCCCAUCGGCAAUCACCAGAGGAGCAGAGAUCCGUGUCUUGGGUUUGGGCGACAAGGGCCAGGGCCCGAGAGGCUUGGGCUGGCAAGCUUGCCUCACUGCACUUCUCCAGCCAAGCCCGUCUUUGAACCUCCAUGUGUUCAAUGCAUCGCUCAGCACCUGCGGACGGGCUCGUCGCUGGGAGCUUGUGCAUUCAUUGCUGCAGCUGAUGCCCCGCAUGGUCAUCGUCCCAGAUGCGUUGAGCGCAUCAGCCGUGGUCUCUUCAUGUGCUUCCUCAUUCAAGUGGGAGCAUGCCUUGGAACUUCGUCCAAGGGAGUCAGAUUGGAAAAGCCUCGGUCUGGAGUUUUCAGCAUCACGCUGCAUCUUUGUCUGUGUACCACAUGUAGCAUGCUGGUGGAUGCGACGCUUGCUGCGUCACAUGGUUUCAAUUUUGCACAGGGCACCGAAGACAGAGCAAGAGUUUGGGGCUUGCUUGCUUGCGUGGGACACCUUGAAGUCGUACAAUGCGGAGCUGUCUGCUGGGAAUGCGCUGCGGCACAAAGAGCGUGUCGAGCGGCUGCACGAUCGACGGAUUGCCUCUCCGGCAUUUACCUGUCUGGGGACGCAGAGUAGAAGGCCAAAGUCAGCUGAGGAUUCUCGCGCGGCUCAUCCCGGUCUUGCCGUCCUCGAUCUGAUUUAUGACUUGGGGCCGGAACUUUCCAAGACCGCACUAGAGGCAAGCGCUCCGAAGAGAGAUUGA